GCGGCCGCGUCAGAGCCGGCUGCGGGGUCACGCAGCGCCGCGGCCCGUUGCUACCGUUACGGGGGGCUUGUUCUAUGGGUCCUUCCCGCCGCAGGGCGGAGCUGCGCUAGCGAGUCUGGCCGCGGGGUCGCGGCCUGGGCUCGGGGGCCGCUUCUGCGAAAUGAACCGAAGUGAGACACUCGGUGCUGCCGUUUGAAUAGCGUGUGCGAGGCUCGUCCCGCCUGGGGAGCUGUGGUGGCCGGCUCAGGAAGGUCUCCCUAGGUUUUGUUUCUCUGCAGUUUAUUGUAGCUGAAGAAAAAUGAUGGAAGAGAGUGGAAUAGAGACAACCCCACCUGGCACUCCCCCACCAAGCACAGCAGGGACAAUAGCUGCUGGUAUCGCCAUUGCCGCCACCUCCACCACCACACCUGUCUCAUUAGCUUUGUCCAGUUCUCUCUCUGCUCCAGACAUAUCCCCUCUCCCAUCUUUUCCUCCUCAAUCAUUCUCCACACCUCUACCACCCCUAGUGUCUUCACUUUCUCCUAUGAGGUCGUCAGCACCUUUGCCAUUUGUGCCUUCUGCAACAGUUUCAACUGUUGCACCCCCUUUAAUUCCUGCCCCACCUCCUAUUACCCCUCCAACUGCUUCAGCUUUUAGCGGUGCCAUGUCCCAUUUCUCAACACCUCCUCCCCUAAGCUGUAUUCCUAGCCCUAACCUUUCUGCAUCUCCCACGGCACCCCCCAUUUCAGGAUUUUCCAUUGCUUCAUCCUAUGACAUUACCAAAGGUCAUGCUGGGCGAGCACCACAGACCCCGCUGAUGCCAUCGUUUUCUGCACCUUCAGUCACAGGUGUCUUGACAAAUCCUGUUACUCAACAAACAACUUUCCCAUCCUCUCUGGUGCCCGGAACUGGAAGUGGCUCUGCAAUAACUUUCCCAGAGGAGCAUGAAGACCCCAGAGGAGCUGGCAUACAUAAUGAAGCAUCUGCUGGAGGCCUCUGGGGAUUUAUAAAAGGUGUAGCUGGGAAUCCUAUGGUAAAGUCGGUGCUUGAUAAAACAAAACACUCAGUAGAGUCCAUGAUCACCACGCUGGAUCCUGGCAUGGCUCCAUAUAUCAAAUCUGGGGGAGAACUGGACAUUGUGGUUACCUCCAAUAAAGAAGUAAAAGUUGCUGCCAUUCGAGAUGCUUUCCAAGAAGUCUUUGGAAUGGCCACAGUUACAGGAGAAGCUGGACUGUCUAACAUUGCACCACAACCUGUGGGCUAUGCAGCUGGAUUAAAAGGAGCUCAGGAAAGGAUAGACAGCUUGCGUCGGACUGGAGUGAUACAUGAGAAACAGCCUGCUGUAUCUGUAGAAAAUUUCAUCGCAGAAUUGCUUCCUGACAAGUGGUUUGACAUUGGAUGUCUGAUUGUUGAAGAUCCAGUCCAUGGAAUUCAUCUAGAAACUUUUACCCAAGCGACACCAGUGCCUCUGGAAUACAUUCAACAGGCUCAGAGUCUCACUCCCCAGGACUACAAUCUAAGAUGGUCAGGUCUUUUGGUGACAGUUGGUGAAGUGCUGGAGAAGAAUUUACUGAAUAUCAACAGGACUGAUUGGCAUGUGUCAUUCACUGGUAUGUCCCGUCGACAAAUGAUCUACAGUGCAGCCAAGGCUAUAGCAGGAAUGUACAAACAACACUUACCACCCAGGACCAUUUGAAAGAAGCUUGACUCAUCACACUGAGUACUGUUUUUCUGUUCAGUUUGAUACGAAGGAAGAGAUUGCAGCUUCUGCCAAUAUACAAGUCCUCUGUGGAUACAGCACAAUUUUGUAAUCUACCUGUCAACUGUAAUUUUUUUUAAAAAUGAGAACUGUUCCAAUUAUGGAAAUGAACAACUCAAUUUUUUAAUAAUCCAGUAUAAUUAAUGAGAAGGGAAUUAGAAGCAAACAGAUACAUUUGUAGCAGGGCCAAAUAGCAUUAACAUUUGUAAGGUGGAGUGCAUUUUCAUUUCAGACAAUAGGUAUUUGCUGAGACACUUAUACUUGAGUAAAUAAAAUAUUGUUAAUUUUUUAAAAGGGGGUGAGGGUACAAAUAUUCUUUUGCAUUUCAGUCGAGGCACUACCCUGUAUUUUCUAGAUGUCUAAAUUUUGGAAGUAUUUAGCACUUCGUAGGGUUGGCCCUAGAUGUGCAUGAUCUCAGAACUGUUGCUGAAUAGUUCUAAAACAUCUUAAAAGUGAACAGCCGAGGUAGGGCAUAAGUCCAUGCUCAAAUGUAUCCAAGGUGUGGGCCAAAAUAACUUUGAAUGUUCAUCUUCCAUACCUCUUUUUAAAAAAAAAUACCUUUUCUGAAGUAUGGUCCAAGCCAACUCCCCUAGAAACUAAUGAAUUAGGCACUUCAUACACAUGAAAAUGUGUCAACAACUCAGUAUAACACAAUUCACUUACUCCAGCAUUUAUUUACAUACUGUCAUCCAGGGUACAUAACACAAGCUCUUAUGUAAUUUUCUUUAUCAGUUUUCAUCUACAACAAGUUAAUAUAGCAAACAUUCUAUAUUUUCCAAAGCAGGAAUAGACUUCUGCAUGGUGUGAUAGGUGUUGUUGAUUCACUUCUUCUCCUAUAUAUCUUUGAUAUCUGCCCUUCAUAGCUGAAGAUACCCCAUAUCUGUGCUCAAAGAUCAUUCUAAAUCUCUAUUCAGAAAUAGAGAAGUUAUUGUAAAAGAAUAUUUUGAUAAUAGGUUUGUUUUAAAAACAAAUAAUGAAUUCUUUGUUCGCCUUAAACACUAGCUUUUCAGCUUGAACUGCUCUGCCUUUAUCUUUUGUAGAUGCUUUCAAAGAACAUUUUUAUAUGCCAUAUAGUGUCUAGCCAACUUCUUAUAUUUGUACCCAGUGAAACCUGUCCUUUUUCCAAGUAAUAUAUUUUGCCAUAAUUGGCUCAGUGUAAAUUAAUGUUAAAUAAACAUUUUUCCUACAGAAUUAAA